AUGCUUCGUCUGUCUUCAACAUUCGUGAAGACUAUGUGUCUUUGUUUCGCUGUUAGUGUUGCCGCUAACUCGUUCAACUCUCUAGCUCCUCCACCCUCCAACAGGAUCGAGUCCAGGUCCAAGGGCCCAGAAACCCAGAAGGGUUACUCUGCCGGUAAACACGACGGCAAAACCUCUGGCAAAAGGGCGCACGAUCAAGGCGAGGUAGACGCACACGACCAAAGAGAUACCACCGACGAAGAGAGCGCCGUCACCCGUCCCCUAAAGUCGAAACCCACCUCGAAACCUACCUCGAAACCUGCCUCGAAACCUACCAAGCGCAAAUAA